CUGGUAUCUCUAAGGAUGGUCAAACCAGAGAACACGCUUUGUUGGCUUACACCUUGGGUGUUAGACAAUUGAUUGUUGCCAUCAACAAGAUGGACUCAGUCAAAUGGGACAAGGGUAGAUACGAAGAAAUUGUCAAGGAGACCUCUAACUUCGUCAAGAAGGUUGGUUACAACCCUAAGACUGUCCCAUUCGUCCCAAUCUCUGGUUGGAACGGUGACAACAUGAUUGAAGCAUCUACCAACUGUCCAUGGUACAAGGGUUGGGAAAAGGAAACUAAAGCUGGUAAGUCUACUGGUAAGACCUUGUUGGAAGCUAUUGAUGCUAUCGAACCACCAACCAGACCAACUGACAAGCCAUUGAGAUUGCCAUUGCAAGAUGUCUACAAGAUCGGUGGUAUUGGAACUGUGCCAGUCGGUAGAGUUGAAACCGGUAUCAUCAAGGCUGGUAUGGUUGUUACUUUCGCCCCAGCUGGUGUUACCACUGAAGUCAAGUCCGUUGAAAUGCACCACGAACAAUUGACUGAAGGUGUCCCAGGUGACAAUGUUGGUUUCAACGUCAAGAACGUUUCCGUUAAGGAAAUCAGAAGAGGUAACGUCUGUGGUGACUCCAAGAACGACCCACCAAAGGGAUGUGACUCUUUCAACGCUCAAGUCAUUGUCUUGAACCAUCCAGGUCAAAUCUCAGCUGGUUACUCUCCAGUCUUGGAUUGUCACACUGCCCACAUUGCUUGUAAAUUCGACACCUUGAUUGAAAAGAUUGACAGAAGAACCGGUAAGAAAUUGGAAGAAGAACCAAAAUUCAUCAAGUCCGGUGAUGCUGCUAUCGUCAAGAUGGUCCCAACCAAGCCAAUGUGUGUUGAAGCUUUCACUGACUACCCACCAUUGGGAAGAUUCGCUGUCAGAGAUAUGAGACAAACCGUUGCUGUUGGUGUCAUCAAGUCUGUUGAAAAAUCCGACAAGGCUGGUAAGGUCACCAAGGCUGCUCAAAAGGCUGCUAAGAAGUAA